AUGGAUAUAAAAGUCGAGAGCUUCGACGAAUCUUCGGCACCAGAAUUGGACAAAAUCAAAAUUGGUGAGGCGAAAUUAGAUCUAAAAUCGGAUAAUGUUGGGGACAGGAGGAGGAAGAGCGGCGCGAGCAGGAACUUGCCGGAGCUAGAGGUUGAGGAGCUUAAAGGAUUUAUAGAUCUAGAGUUUGUGUUUUCGGACGAAGAGGUUGGGGAAGGAAUCGGAGAGUGUGAUUGGGGGUUUGAUGAAACGACGACAUUAGCGUCGUUGCUGAUGCUGUAUCUGUCUGAAGCGUGGGAUCGUAUGGAAGAAGAAGAGAGGUUGGGGAAGAAUCCGUUGGUGGAUUGGAGAAUCCCAACUUUCGGUAAUGAAGUGGAGCUCAAAGAUCAUCUCGGAUUAUGGGCUCACUCUAUUGCUUCCUCUAUGAGAUGA